CUGAAACGCAAAGGCUUCUGGGGACUGAGGAGAGGGAUGCACCGUUGCCCGGUGCCAUCGCCUGACGCCAGCGCUGCCGCAGCUGCCACCACCGGUCCUCCGAUCUACCUGCUUCCUGCUGCCAGAGAAGCGCCAUGGGCUUCUGGAAGUUCUCUCCUUUCCUGCUUCUUAGCAUCUUGGCCCUGUACCAGGUGGGCAUGCUCCAGGCAGCACCAUUCAGGUCUGCUUUGGAGAGUCCUCAGGACGCCCCUACAUUCAAUGAGGAGCAAUUGCGCCUCCUGCUGGCUGCACUGGUGAAGGACUAUGUGCUGAUGAAGGCCAGUGAGAUGCAGGAGGAGCAGGAGACUGAGGGCUCCAGGGUCACUGUCCAGAAGAGAACCUGCAACUCUGCCACCUGUGUGGCCCACUGGCUGGGAGGCCUGCUGAGCAAAGCUGGAAGCGUGGCAAACACCAACUUGCUGCCCACCUCUAUGGGCUUCAAGGUCUAUAACAGGCGCCGCAGGGACCUUGGACGUAAGCAGUAAACAACUCCAGGAAGAAGGUCACCAUGAAGCGAACUCUACUUUUAAUUUGU